GUCUGAAGAGGAGCACCAACCUCUCAUUUCCCAUAUCAGUUCACGUAGAACGAGCCGGAGCAUCAUUCGGAGUCUGAGGUCAAACAUCUGGCUGUUUUGAAGAUCAGCAUGUCAGUGAUGGGAAGUUGGCCUCUGUUCUUUCUACAGAGCUUCCUCAUCUUACUUCCGUCUGUCCUGCUUCCUUUUAACCCCUUGCUGGCUUUCUCACUAAAAAACUGCACUGUUGACAACAAUGUGACUUGGGUAGAAUGUGCAGAUCGUGACCUCACUGGGGUUCCUGAUGACAUUCUCAUAACUGUAGUAACUCUAGAUCUCAACUUCAAUCACAUCUCAAAGAUAAACAGGACAGAUUUCAGCCGUUUUUCAAAGCUUGGGUAUUUAAAAAUUGCAAAUAACUUGAUUUCACAUGUAGAUGAUGGAGCUUUUGCAGAGGUGGAGUUAAUAGAGCUUGACAUGGGUUCAAACAACCUCAUAAACCUGACGAACUAUAUGUUUCAGGGCCUGUGGAAGUUAAUUUUUUUGUCAGUGGAGAAAAACCAUAUCACAUACAUCUCCCCUCUGGCCUUUCAGUCCCUGAUCAGCUUACAGACGUUACAGCUGACAUAUAACAACCUACAUCAAAUAACCGACAUUGUGCCCAUCUUACAACUACCAAACUUGAAUGAUCUGCUCGCUGAUUUUAACAGUCUCACUUCCUUUCAGUCAGAUGACCUGUCUUUUAAUAAAUCAAACCUCAGGACACUCUGGCUAUGUAGUGAUUCAAUGAAAAAGUUCAGCAUUACAAGAGACGUUUUUCCCCAUCUUCAGUCUAUCCAUUUAAAUGCUAACACUGGCUUUGAGUGGGAUGUACCAGACCCAAUGUUUCUGAGGAGCCUGACUACUUUGGAGUUAUUUGUAUUUGACAGUAGUUGUGAGAUGUACCAAGUGAUGCUGAAGAGUGCUGAGUCAGUGCGGGAACUGUCACUCCUCUUUUGGCACCAUGACCGAGAAAGAGAUCUGGUAGACAUCGCCUGCCAAAUGACUGCUCUGACAAGUCUUCAUUUGAGUGGAAUUAGCUUUGUCAGUAUAAACAAGACAUUUCUUCAGUCUUGCACUGAAAUUACUGAGCUUGAUUUAUCAUAUAAUUAUUUGGAAGAGCUGUCCGAGUUUUCCCUCGGAUCAAUAAAACAGCUCAGACGCCUGGACUUAGUGAAAAACUCCCUGUCUAGAGCACCACAGGGUGUCAGAGGCCUCUCCACACUUGAAAUCCUAGAUCUGAGUGUGAAUUUCAUCAGCGAGUUAGACUGCUCUGACUUUAAAAAUUUGACAAAACUAGUAGAACUCAAUCUCAGCCAAAAUCGCAUUUCAACACUCAAGGGAUGUGCUUUUCAAGAUCUGAAUGAUUUGAAAGUCCUGAACGUUGCAGAAAAUGGGGUUCAUUUACUUGUUGAUUUCUUCAAAUUGAAUUUACAGAAACUAGAAGUUUUGGAUUUGAACAUGAAUACUUUGAUGCAACUCAAAACAGAUGACUUUAAGAAUAUGUCUUCCCUCAGGUCUCUGUAUUUAGAAUCAGAUACAUUUUACGUUGCCCAUAAGGGGGCUUUUGAAGGACUGGACAAUCUUCAAAAUCUUUCAGUUACACCAUUUUUUGGUGAAAAGGAUUUCAUUACAAAGGUUUUUACAGGACUGCAACACCUAGAAAACCUCAAAAUACAUCUCACGUCUUCAUAUGACAGCAAGAGUUCUCGUCAAAAAAAUGAGACACAUUUACCCAUUUUCCCAUUACCUUUCUUGAAGAGUCUACUGAUACAAAAUUAUAAUUGGUAUCAUGAAAUCUCACCUGAUUUUCUGACAGGUCUGAAUUCUUUAGAUUACUUUGGAGCGGAGAAAUUAUUUACAGAGUCACCUCACCCAGACACAUUCAAAUACACUCCCCUCCUGACAAGUCUUCACAUAUUUCAAAGUGAUCUGCAAGUCUUAAACCCUGAAGUGCUUCAGCCAAUCCUCAACCUGCAGGCUCUCGACCUUUCCAAAAACAAGCUCAGAUCUCUGGAUUUUCUAGCCCAGGUCAACCUCUCUGCACUCACAGUGUUGACAGUUAGAGACAAUGAAUUGACCGUGAUCAAUGAGAUGGUCUUUCAGUCUCUUCCUGCACUGACAUACCUGGACCUGACUGGUAACCCUUUCACUUGUAACUGCUCUAACACUGGCUUUAUCCAAUGGGUGAAGAACAACAACCAAACACAGGUUGUUAAUGCCUACCAGUACACUUGUACCUUUCCUGUGGCUAAACAAGGAACAAAGUUGCUGGACUUUGACGUCCAGUCCUGUUGGAUGGACGUUAGCUUCCUCUGCUUCAUUUCUAGCUUUUGCCUGACACUGAUGACUCUCCUCACAUCCUUCAUCUACCACUUUCUGAGGUGGCAGCUAGCCUACACCUAUUACCUCUUCCUGGCCUUCCUCUACGACAGCAGGAAGAGGAAAAAGGGCGCUCCUCAUCACUAUGAUGCUUUCAUCUCCUACAACGUUCAUGACGAGGACUGGGUUUACAGAGAGAUGCUUCCAGUGCUGGAGGGAGAGCAGGGCUGGAGACUCUGUCUGCACCACAGAGACUUCCAACCAGGUAAACCCAUCAUAGACAACAUAACAGACGCCAUCUACGGCAGCAGGAAGACCAUCUGUGUGAUCACCCGGCGCUACCUGCAGAGCGAAUGGUGCUCCAGAGAGAUCCAGAUGGCCAGCUUCCGUCUGUUUGACGAGCAGAAGGACGUGUUGAUCCUGCUGUUCCUGGAGGAGAUCCCGGCCUAUCAGCUGUCUCCAUACCACCACAUGAGGAAGCUGGUGAAGAGGCACACCUACCUGAGCUGGCCGCAGGCCGGCCAACACACAGGAGUCUUCUGGCAGAACGUAUGGAGAGCUCUGGAGACAGGGGAAGCUCCCAUCGAGACCAACAACCUGCUGACUGGAUGCUGAGAAUAUCACUGGACCACAGUCCCAACAGAGAGCGUCUGUGGAGCCUCACAGAACUCAUUUUCCUCUUCAGGAACUGAAACACACAACAUUUAUCUGUAGUCUCUUGUUCUGCUUUUGCUUCCUCCAUCUUCUGCCACUUUAGGAGCAAGUUCCUCCUUACCCGAAAUUUCAGGAAAUGAUACAAAACCAAGUCUGGGUAUCCUCAGGGGGGAAAGGCUGUAACUCUGGUAAUUAAUAAUGCAGGACAUGUGUUAGAGAUUGUUGUUUUAAUUUACAGACAAUAUUCUGAUUCAGAAAAUCUGACUUGUGUUUUGCUGCAUGUUCUCCAUCUGUAAGUUCUAGCACAGUAUUGAGGAGUACAUUCUUUUCAAAUUAAAUCUCCCAGUUUCCUUUAGGUAUUUUUAAAACCAUGUUUCCAUUAGUGAAAUAUUUUCACUCAGUAGCAGGGCA